AUGUGUACCAGCUCCUUGAUGGCUGUCAGUGGGAUUGCCCUUCCUUUAGGGUCAGACAAGCUUUAUUCAGGCAGUAAAGAUGGAACAGUACAACUUUGGGACUGUCAUACUGGUCAAUGUGCCAAUGUAAUCAAUCUUGGUGAUGAAGUUGGUUGCUUGAUUUGUGAGGGGCCAUGGGUCUUUAUAGGCAUGCCCAAUGUUGUUAAGGCAUGGAAUAUUGAGUCAUCAUCAGAAUUUAUCCUUAAUGAACCAGUCGGCCAAGUUUAUUGCAUGGUUGUUGCUAACGACAUGCUCUUUGCUGGAGCACAGGAUGGUGGUAUUUUUGUAUGGAAAGGCAGUCCUGGAGCUGAGAAUCCUUUUCAUCAUGUUGGAUCUCUAAGAGGCCACUCUCACACUGUGACAUGUUUAACUGUUGGACGCAAUAUGCUUUACUCUGGUUCCAUGGACAAUACAAUAAGGGUUUGGGAUCUUGAUACUCUACAGUCUGUUAUGACACUAGAUGGUCAUACUAAUGCACCAUUGUCUCUUCUAUGCUGGGAUCAAUUUUUGUUAUCCUGUUCAUUGGACAAGACUAUAAAAGUUUGGGGUGUUGCAGGAGGCAACUUGGAAGUAACCCAUACACAUAACGAAGAACAUGGUCUGCUUGCGCUUUUUGGGUUGAAUGAUUUUGGACAACCAGUAUUAUUGUGCGCUUGUAACGAUAAUUCUGUUCACCUAUAUGAUUUACCAUCGUUUAUAUAUUUUCAAAACGGGAAGUUAGAGACAUUCAGGUUGGUCCUGAUGGCCUCAUUUUCACUGGUGAUGGAACCGGGAUGUUAAGCGUAUGGAAGUUGCUGGCAAAGUCAAGUGGAUGAGCCUUCUCAUUAAAAUUUGUACAAGAAACAAGUUGCUGUAUAAAUUGCAGAGUUUGGCUGUAUAUGAAGAGGCAUAGAAAGAACUUAACACUGGGUUUUUAAUCCUUGGUGAUUUUUUCUAAUUUUUUUCAUGGGUUCUGCUUUUCAGUCUGUUCAAAUGUUUGUAGAAUUGUAUAAUUUAAUACUGGAAUAAAAUUAUGUUGUUAGCCAUCUCA